AUGAGUGCUGAAUUAACAUCAUUACUUGGUGAUGAAUGGUAUGCUGUUUAUGCAUCGAUGACAUCACAUGUUAAUACUGUUGGAUUAUUUUCUCCAAUUUCAUAUUUUCGGUAUAAUUUACGUGGUGAAUCAUUAUCUCGUUCAACUAUUGAAUUAGUGUGGCAACCACCAUCGAAACCUAAUGAACCAAUAACAACUUAUUUAGUUUAUUAUGCACCUAUUGAUGAUCGUUUACCAGUAAAUAAUUCCAAAUUACUUUGUUUAAUGAAAGAUCGUUGGCGAUCAGAAGAAAGUGUUUCAAUGGAUAAUUUAAAUCUAAAUAAUCAAUCAACACGAUGUUCAAGACCAAAAAAUCGUUUAACUGAUACAAUUACAAAUAAUGAUGAUGAAACAGAUGAAGAAAUUGAACAAAAUACUGAUCCAUUAUUUAUUCGUUCAGAACUUAAAGAUACGAUCAUCAAUGAUUUAGAUCAUUAUUUUGAAGAUAAAAGUAGUACUUUUAAUGAUCAAUAUAAAUCUAAUUCUGAAGAACAACCUGUUGUCGAACAUAAACCAUAUAUUAAUGAAUAUAAUCGUUCAAUAUCAGAUACAAGAGUACUUAUUGAAGUAGAUGUACCACUUUUACCUCGUACAACAUAUCGUUUAAGAAUAAUAACGUAUACAAUUGCUCGAUUAAAUAAUGAAUAUGAAGAUCGAGAAAAAAUAAAUGAUGAUUCGCAUUCAUUCAAUACAGCAAAUUUAUUUGUUGAAUUAGUUUUUACAACAAAAGAUUUUCCAAAUAAUGAAUUAACACGACAAAAUCGUUUAAUAUUAUUUAUAUUAAUCAUUGGUUCAAUUAUACUUUUAUUAAUCAUCAUUAUCGGUGCACAAUUUUAUUAUUAUAAAUAUAGUCGAGGAGAUAAUAAAGCUUCUAUAUCAAAAAAUCCAAAUUAUGGUUUAAUAAAUACAUCUGAUCAAUGGGAAAUUGAUCAAGAUUCAGUUACAAUUGAUAAACUUAUCGGUCAAGGUCAUUUCGGACAAAUUUAUCAAGGUGUUUUAAAAUUACCAGAUGGAACAUUGAAACCCUGUGCUAUUAAACUUCGAACAACACAUCCAACUGAUUUAUUACAAGAAGCAUCAAUAAUGAAAUUAGUUAAAAUAAAUCUCUUUUUAAUAAUUUAUCUUUUAUUUUCUAGACAAUUUCAAUGUCAUCAUGUUAUACAAUUAUAUGGUAUAUGUUCUCCUAUCUGUUCUCCAUAUGUUGUUAUGGAAUUAAUGGAAAAUGGUGAUUUAAAAAAUUAUCUUUAUCGUCAUCGACAAGGUGAAAUAAAUUCAAAUGGUGCAAGAUUACUUGAAUCAGCAAUGAUUCAAUUAGCAUUGGAUAUUGCUGAUGGAAUGUCAUUUGAUGUUCUUUUAUGGGAAAUCGCAACAUUAGGUGAACAACCGUAUCAAGGUUAUGGUAAUGAAGAAGUUGUACAUUAUGUUCUUUAUGGAAAUAUAACUCUUGAACGUGCACAAAAUUGUCCUGAGAUUUUACAUAAAUUAAUACUUCCUUAUGAAAACGAAGAUUUUCGUUUACAUGCAUAUUAUCAUACACAACCAAGUCUAAGCCAACCGAAAGUAUCAAUUGAUAAUACUCGUAAUGAUGAAGAAGAUCUAUUAUUAGGUGAUGAUGAUGAUAGUGGACAUCAUUUUAAAAAAAGCAAAAUGAAUCUCUAA